AUGUCGCGGGCCCGCGUGCUCGACCCUCGUCAGACAUUUUUGCCCUCUGAGGCUGUCAUGGAUGGCAGCUGGUCCCUGAGCAACCGCGCCUCGGUGGAUCCUGACGAGCUGCCAGGCCCCCCUGGCAAAGUGACGCUUCCGCUGGGCCAGGAGAAGUCCGACAAAGACAGGCCUAAGGAGGUCAUUGACAUCGCCUGCGGCGAGCGGCACUCGCUGCUGCUGGAUGAAGAGGGUCGCCUCUUUGCCUUCGGCGAGAACUUGGCCGGGCAGUGCGGGGUGCCAGAAGCCGUCGGCUCCGGCCACAUCACUGGAUGCACGGUGCAGCAGCCCCGACUGGUGCCCAUCGAGGCAGUGUCUUCCGAGAACGCGCCCUUCAAUGAAAGGGGCGCCAAAGUCUUCGCCGGAAAAUGGCACUCCGCGAUGGUCACCGUGGACCACCGGCUCUACAUUUGGGGCCACCCGAGCAACCGCAAGCUGGGACAUGCUGGCUUCAACCACGACGGCACUGAGGCCGGCGAAGAUCCCGGCGUGGGCAAGCAGAAAAGCAAGGCGCGGCCUCCGGGCGUGGCGGUGCGCAGCGCCCUGCGCGACGCCAUCCGCCGGCCCCGCAUGGUCUUCGCCCUGCUGCACCGGCGGGUGAGGACCUUAGGGCUGGGUGAAGAGUGCACCGUGAUCGUGCACGGGGAUGGCAUGGCGGCAGAGGAGGAGCCUGCAAUGGAGGUCCGGGGCGACGUGCCAGAGAUUCCAAACCUGGAGUCUUUUCAAAGCUUGGAGGAAGACCUCGAGGCAGCGUUGCCGUUGCCGGAUGCCCACGAGGCGCUCAAGGAGGAAGAGGCGAUGCCGGAUGGCUUCUCGUCACCCAAGGACACGCACAUCUCCUUGUGA